UUUGCGUAACCCGUGCUCGUGUUCCUCCCCGGUUCAUGUUUUUUCGAAUGGCAGGGGCAUGUACACUCUCGAGAGAGCGGCGGCUUGGCUUCGACAAAGGAUGGAAUCCCUCGAGAGAAGAUGCGAACACGCGUGGUCGCACCGGAUUCCGUUGGCAUGGGGAAGGCGAAGCAAUGUGAGCCGAGGGACGCUUGCACUGACGGUGGAUAUGACAUUCUAGCCUCGAUCUCUGACAUGUUGCACCAAGCAAGCGAUCCUGAGAAUACGUCGCUGAGUCCGUCGGGUGCAUGCACGAGCGACGACGAAAUUAUGCAAAGACGGCGCAACGUGCGGAGAUGGAAGGUUGGACAGGGUAUCGUCGCCAAGUUUGUGAAAUUGGAGUCGUGCAGCGCCAACGACGACGGCCCACCGUGGAGGAGCGAGACCGUGAUGCACGACGACAUACAAUCGAUAGUGGUCCGAGGGAGGUUAUUUGCUCCGGAGACACGAACGAGGGGGAAAUCAAUGCCGCAACCAAGGCAUUGUCGAGGGAAAGAGUCAGAUGAUGAGUGUGACACAUUCACGAUGCCCGGUUGCGCCUCCGGCUCUAAGAGAGAUAUUGUGCAUCAAUCAACCACCAGGCGGGGUGAAGUUUGGUCCCCCAAACGGUUGAUUGAAACCGUGCCGGGACCAUCCAUUGGAGUUGAUGCGAGAAGGCUCGGAAAAUUCUCGCCACAGGCUCGCACAGGGGUAUCUGCAUAUGGUUCCCUGGUGACUGGAGCUGUGGUAGACAGCGUGUCCAUCGCCGACCAACGUUCGCCUUUUGUCAAAGCUGAAUUUACACGGUCAGAGUGUGAUUUUAGCGGGAUAACCGUGAGUCAUCAAGAUUCAAGCACAGAGGCACCGCGCUUGGGAAUAAGCGGCAGCUCAGAAGCGAAAAUAUGCCAUGAAAGCGAGUGCUGCAUCGCGGGUACUUCUUCAUGCAAGGCCCCAUUCCGCGUCUGUGGUGCGCCUGGGAAGUCCAUGGCGGAAGUACAGGAUACGAGUAGCGUCACAGGGGUGGGUGCAUGUGAGGAUGGAGAAGAUUCGCUAGGGGGUGCGGACUCGCAGUCAUCGGAGGACGAACGCUUCAACUCUUCGGUCAAAACUGACCGCUAUGGGUUUUUCGUCACGAGUGAGCGGCGAAGGCUGGAUGUUCCAAUGGAGAUUCUCAGGGUAAGGUGGUCGAAGGAGGGCAGGCGAGCGCAAAAGUGGCGAAAGAUGAUCGACAAUUUUGACAGUUGGAGGAUGGGAAAGAAGGCCACACGAUUCCGAAACAGAGUGCGCAAGGGUGUGCCAGACUGCGUUCGGGGCAAAGUUUGGCAGAUGCUGAUGGGAUCCACGGCUAUGAUGGAAAGGGAGCCGAACAAGUAUGCAGACCUGGUGGCGAGUGAUCUCCCGGUGGAAGGCCCCAUCGAAGAAGACAUACCUCGCACGAUGUACGACCAUGAGCUAUUCUGCCGCAAGUCGCGAGUCAACGGGAGAGAUAUGCUGCGGAGAGUUUUGACGGCAUAUGGGCGUUAUGAUCGAGAGGUGCAAUAUUGCCAGGGCAUCAACUACAUAACGUCCUUAUUUCUGCUCUAUAUGCCGGAGGAGAACGCAUUCUGGAUGCUGGUCGCUUCCAUGAACCGCCCGUGCGCACCAUUGAGGGAGCUGUUUCUUCCUGGGAUGUUGAAGGCCCAAGAAUUCCAGUUUGUGAUGGACUCGCUCACGAAGAAGCACUGCGAGAAGCUCUCAAACCAGAUCCUGGCACAUAACCUUACUCCUGCCAUGUACGCGACCCAGUGGUUCCUGACCGCAUUCACCCAGCGUUUCCCGUACGACUUGGUGACCCGCGUGUGGGACAUGUUCCUCCUGGAGGACUGGAAGGUGUUCUACAGAGUGUGUCUGGCGUUAUUCAAGUCUGUUGAAGGCAAAGCAGCUGCACUCGACCUCGAGAACCUGAACUUGCUACUUCGCAACAUGCCCCCGAAUGUGGACGCCCAGCAGAUCCUUGAUAUCGCGGCCAGUAUUCCAUUGAAGCAUCGGCACAUCGCGAAGCGCGUUGCUCUCUUCAGCGACUUCAAUGCGCGAAAAAACACACCUGCUCGAGGAACGGACGGAGCUUGGCAAAAGUAGCGCAGCUUGCGCGCUGGUGGGGAAGCACGCGCAGUCUCGCGCACGAGAUGUGUUUCCUUGGUUUGCGUGCGCGAUGAUUGUUGGCAUGGUUGGCCGGGUUUUUCCUCGGUCGCAAUGCUUGAGGCAACGACAGCCACGUAAGACACUCGAGCCAACGUAUGUCGUCUGUGGAUCUAGCAUCCACGUUGUGUCCGCCGCUCGAACCGAUGUUUGAAAAGAUAAUAAAAAUGUUUCAGCAAUUGAAACGUUCCACGGGGCGUGUUUUCAUUGCGGAGGUACAACAGAGAGCGGUUCCACUCCUUGGUAUGUUCGAGACAAAAAACGCGUUUGUGCGGUCUCAUAAAUGAACAAGUGUGAGAUAUGUGACGCAGUGGUCGGUGCAACUCCAUCGCAAACUCGGCAGUCACUCCAGUGGUUCUGUUUGACGGAGCCAUGGCUUUGCGCAAGGUGACGAGCACAAUUUUUGUGGCCGUCAUACGCACACGUUCAAGUUGCGGGGGGAUGUGGAGGCCAGCGGUUUCGAUGCCGAUUCUGACGGACCGAGUGUAGUAGCGUCAUCAAAAAGGCGGUCGCUUGUCGUUCUGAAGCUUUCCGUGUUGCUUCUGAAACUGUAUGCGAUUUUGACUCCCAGGUUCUUGACCCCGAUUAGGCUGCAUUCGCUUCAAGUCACUUGGUUUUAGGGUUGGCGAUCUCCGCGUUCUUGUCUAGAACCGAGCGAGAUGGUUUUCUUUGGACGAUGUUCUAGGUGGCAACGACAGAUUUUCGAGGGAGGCACACCUCCCGCAAGUUUGGCACAGAACCUUCUGGCAGUUUUUGAGAAAGCGCGUUCUUCAAUGCCACACUGAGCCGAAACACGAACAAAAUGGUCGAGUUGACCGGACAUUCCCCCCACGGGUCAUG